CAGUUUCCUCAUUUUACCCCAUAUUUUUCAUCAAGCAUAUACUUAUCAAGAAUUUCCGUUGCAUUUUAUCUUAUUUAUUUAUUUAUUACAUCGUUCUCUUAAACAAAAGUAAUGUCAAGUAUUCACGAAAAUCAAGCUACUGUAAUAUCAAGUAAUCAUGAAAACAAAAAUUCUAAUUUUGAAAAAGCUUCUAUCCUGGAAUUAGAAUCUCUGUCAUCUUUCAAUAGAACAAAUGAUUCGACUACUUCAAGAUGGCAAAAUUUUAAAGACUCAUUCAAAAGAGCUACUCCUACAGAGAAGACUGAAGAUUCACUAGAUAAAUCGAUUACAAAAAGGCACUUACGUUUGAUGUCUCUCUCCACUGGUUUGGGGACAGGAUUACUUGUGGGUGCAGGUGCUAGACUCAGAGCAGCAGGACCCGCUGGUACUUUGAUUGGAUAUGCCAUAGUUGGAUUUAUUAUGUUGGUUCCUACUGUUAAUUCAGUAAGUGAGUUAAGUAUUGCUUACAGUGGUUUACCUGGUGGGUUUCAGUCAUAUUAUGCUAAAUUCAUAGAUGAUUCGAUUGGAUUUGCUUUGGGAUGGAACUAUGCCUUCCAAUGGAUUACAGUUAUCUCAUUAGAAUUAGUCACCGCUUCCAUGACAAUUAAGUUCUGGACUACAUCUAUUAAUCCUGAUAUCUUUGUAACUAUAUUCUUCAUUAUUAUAGUUUCUAUUAAUUUAGCAGGUUCUAAAGGUUAUGCUGAAGCUGAAUUUAUAAUGAAUUCCAUUAAAGUACUUAUGUUAACAGGAUUUGUUAUUUUUGGUCUAGUCAUUAAUUUAGGUGGUGGCCCUGAAGGAUUCAUUGGUGGUAGAUACUAUCAUGACCCAGGUGCUAUUACUGAUUUCAAAGGUGUAGUUUCAGUCUUUGUAACUGGUGCAUUUUCGUUAGGAGGUUCUGAAUUCAUCUCUUUGUCUUGUGCUGAAGUCAAGAAUCCUAGAGUUGCUAUUAAGUGUGCUUCUAAAUUCGUUUACUAUAAGGUAAUAGUUUUGUUUUUAGGAUCAUUAUGUAUGGUUGGUUUAUUGGUACCAUAUACUUCAGAUAGAUUAUUGGGUUCAGGUGGAAGUGCCACUCAUGCAUCUCCUUAUGUAAUUGCAGCAGAAAUGCAUGGGGUUAAGGUUUUACCCCAUAUUAUUAAUGCUGUCAUCUUAGUUUCGGUUACAUCAGUUGCUACUGCUGCCAUGUAUAGUAGUCCACGUUUAAUCCAGUCUUUAUCAGAACAGGGAUUGGGACCUAAAUGGUUGAACUAUAUAGAUAGAAAUGGUAGACCUUUACGUGCCUGGUUGCUCACUGUUUUAUGCACAUUCUUUGCUUAUAUUGCAGCCUAUGAUCAAGAGGAAACAGUCUUCACCUGGUUAUUAUCACUUUCUGCCUUAAGUUUUGUUUUUGUUUGGUUAUCUAUUUGUAUUUGCCAUUUAAGAUUCAGAGCUUGUUUAAAACAUAAAGGAAUUUCUUUAAAUACUUUGGCAUAUGUUUCACCUACUGGUGUUAUCGGAUCGUGGGUUUCUAUAAUUAUUAACACACUUAUUCUUAUAGGUCAAUUUUGGGUCGCUCUUUGGCCAGUUGGAGGAGAUGGAAAACCAAGCGUUAAUUCCUUCUUUGAAAAUUACUUGGCUGUUCCAAUGUUCUUGGUUUGUUAUAUUGGCCAUAAAUUAUACACUAAAAAUUGGAAAUGGUAUAAAAAGAUCGAUCAAAUUGAACUUGACGAAGGUAGAGUAAUUUAUGACCCAGAGAUUUUGGAAUUAGAAAACCUCGAACAGAAAGAGAAAUUCAGAAAAGCUCCAAUAUGGAGUAAAGUUUAUACAGUUUUAUUUGAUUAGCUUGAAACUAUUCUCAAACAACUCUCAAUAUAUAUCUAUUCGUCUAUAUAUAGUCGCAUGAAAAAAAUGACUGCAAAAUAAAUUUGAUGUGCGA